CUCGGCUAAUUUUCAACAAAAUAAACACGAACUCCGUCUUGCGAGAGUCCUUAUCGAGCUUUGAAACCACCUUGAUCGGCAGAGAGAAAUUAUGUAUCAUCCUACCAGAGGCGGUGUUCGCGGCGGCCGUGAUCAAUUUAGUUGGGAUGAUGUGAAAGUUGACAAACAUCGUGAGAAUUAUCUUGGUCAUAGCAUCAAGGCCCCUGUUGGAAGAUGGCAGAAAGGGAAAGAUUUGCACUGGUACACCAGGGACAAAAACUCUGGUUCCGAUACAGAUGCUUUAAAAGAGGAGAUAAAAAGAAUUAAGGAAGAGGAGGAGCAGGCCAUGAGAGAAGCUCUUGGCUUAGCUCCUAAGCGGUCUAUUCGACCUCAAGGUAAUCGACUUGAUAAGCAUGAAUUUGAGGAACUUGUGAAACGAGGUUCGACUGCAGAGGACAUGGGUGCAGGGCAUUCUGACGCAGCUUGGGUUCAUGGAAUUGGUUUCGCAAGCAAGGCACCUCGCCCAUGGGAAGAUCCUAGUACGCUUAAAUCCAGUGUGGAGCAGGCUUCACCUGAGUCAGUGAAGCCUGCUGAUCCCAGUUCACCUGUUGGGGACACCGAAAAAGAAGAAUCGAAGGAUGAAAAGGAGGAUGAACGGAGUAAGAAGAAAAGGCGGCGUGAGGAUAAGAAACACGAGAAGCAUGAAAGACGUGAGAAACGCCAAUCUCGUGACUCAGAUGACAGGAGGAAACAUAGGAAAGACAAGGAGAAGAGGAGACAUGAUUCUGACUGAUCAAGUCUCUAGAGUGAUGUAUGGUACUUGGUUUGUUUUAGAUUUUUCUCCCUUUAAAAAAAAUAAAUUAAUGUAAAAUCAUUUUAUCUCCUCUUCUUCAAUUGUUGUGAUGACAUAGAAGCACAGAGAUCUCAUAUAUCGCUGUAAAGUUAAGAAAGACUAGGGGUCAAUUUGCUAA